AUGACUGUGAAAGAAUCUUUAAAUAUUCAAAAUGUCCCCAUGACAUCUUUAGAAUGUGGAAUACAUGCAAAAGAAGGAGAAAUGAACGUCUUCAAGUUUGUAAUUUUGUAUUUUUCACAACUUUCAUUUUCAAAAGCUUAUGAAGAAUCAAUCAACGAUUUGUUAGUGCAAUGUAACGAAUCACAACAGCAAAUAUUUUCAAUACGGUGUGAAGUUCAAUGCUCCAACAGGCAAGAGAUGUGCUUCACGUAUAAUCUUCCCGACUUAAAUCUUUGUUGUUACACCUGA